AUGUUUGGCAUAUUCAAUCUCUUUGUCGGCUCUAUCUACCCCGUUAUCGCCUCUUACAAGGCGUAUGAUGACUACGCACGAGUGGCGUCUCUGUCGGCGGCCACCUCGGUCCAAUUAGGCUCAGUGACUAUCCCAUUAGGCACAAUGCUCAAGAGAGCCACUGCUGGCGGCGACGGGUCCGUCGAGGAGGACUUCUUGAACUCACGCUUGCUCACCGUCCAGAUGUGGCUAGUGUACUGGAUUGUCCAUGUGAGCAUUGGCAUUGCCGAGCUGGCGCUCUUCUUGUCGUGGUUGCCCUUGUACUCGCUGUUCCGCCUUUUGGUGUCGGCGUGGCUCAUUCUGCCCAUUGUGUUGAGCUCGUUGCGUCUCAACAGAACCAAGGCCUUGAGCCCGGCCGAGGUGCAGCAGGAGUGGGUGGGUUUCUCGUCUCAGGGUUGCGGGUUGGUGUACUUCCAGUACCUUAAGCCGCUCUUUGACGACCAUCUUCAGGCCAUUGUCAAUUUCAACUUUGAGCGGGUGUUGGACUCCGUAGCCAAGUUCUCGGGCGCCUCGACGUUGUUCUCCUAUGCUGGGUCGAUGCUCUUGAAGAACGCAUUUCGAGACCAAACUUCUCGAGAGGCAGGUGCUCCUGGCGCUCAGUCGGCUGUUCCAAGAGAGACUCCGAAAGAAGGCUCCUCUGCGAGUGAAAAUCUCAUGAAUGCUGCUCGUGAUGCUGGCUUUGGCGCCGCCGCUGCUCACCUUCUGAAUUUCUCAAAUCUUGCAAAGAACCUUCAGCGGUCGGAACCCACAAAGGAGGACUUGGCCGACUAUGACGUGGUCAACACCCCCUCGCCUUCCCCUCCUGAGGCUCAGGACCAGGACGUGAAACAGAGAACCGCCUCCAAGGAACACAAGAAGCUGUGGUGGUGA